AUGAGUUUUUAAAGAGGAGACCGUCGCCAUGACUUCGAAGUCUAAUGUCCAUAUAAUAAGAAACAUUAAAUGCCCUUCAGUAAAUUAUGGUUCCACAUUUCCAAAGGAUGCAAGGACAAGAGAGAAAAGGGUCAUAAAUAUGAUACUUGUCCAUAUAAUUGUUUACACAUUGUUAUUAAAUCAGGAAUGGAGAGACAUAUCGCUCAAUGUAGAUAUAACUAAUUGGAUUCAAAGAAGGCAGAGGAAGCUGAUCUCUUCAAAGAAAUGCAACUGGUUGCUGCUCAAUAAUUCGGGAAUAAUCCUCCAGAGAAGAAUGUUCCUCAAAUUUAAUAACAAUAACAGAAUAAGUAUAAUAAUAAACCUCAAAAUGAAAUCCCAGAUUGGAGAAAGGUUUUUGAGGGAGACAGCGAACUUGAAGAUGACAUUAAAGAAAUUAAUGAAAUAAGCUAUUAAAAUUACGAUGACGAAUUUGAUGAUUCUUUUAAAUUUAAUAAAGCAUCGUCAGUAUUCUCCAAAAGUUUCUAGUCAUCGGCUGCAAAAGAAAAGUCACAAAAUGACGACAAUGAUAGUUAUUAUUAUUGA